UGUUUGGCGGCGCCCCAAAUCCAUGUGUGUCCUGUCUGUCCUGUCCAACGCUGCCGGCGCCAUCGGCCCGGCCCUCGCGCCUUUCGCAGAGCGAGCCUUCACGUGCUCGGUCCAGUCAGAGGUGCUCGGCGGAUGACAGUGGAUCUGCGGGUACUGUUUCUUUCUUGGCUUUGCGCUAGGGGCCCUCUUCCUGCGGCUGGUGCAGCAGUUCGUCGGACGAGAUCGGGAGCAUGGCCACCAGGUUCGCCGCACAGUUCGUGAGCAUCGGGCGCGAGGUUCAGGUCGAGUACGCGGGGGAUCCUCAUAUGUGGAUGAGGAUCGUCCUUGGCGAGUGCCCGGGACGUCUACUCACGCAUGAUGGGCUAGGACCGUACACGGACACGGCCUCGAUCUACUGGAUCAUGACUUCGGACUUCGAUUUAUACCCAGAGGAAAUGGCCGGGCCGCCUGUUCUCGCGUUGAUGGGCACCAGGCCCUACGGCACGACGGUCGUGGAAUCGGGUCUCGGCCGUAUCACACGUUUGAAUCGGGUGUACGCGUUUUCGCCUCUGUCGACGCCCGCGGCCUUCGCACAGGCGAUGAGUGCCUGUCAGGCGGAGAACUGACGCGGUGGAACUCCGCUUCAUUUGUCCCAUUUGUUUUUACCAAUGAUUUUCAAAUUGCCGUAUAAUCGUCUACACCCCAUCCUUAACCCCCAGCAGAGCAGCGACCAGGCUGGUGUCGGGUAUCACGGCAACACGUGCAACCAUUUGUUCACGAUCUUACACCUCCACGAGACGACCGACGAGUGGCAAGUACCGUUAUGUGCAGCUGCCGCUGAC